GUUCAUUCUGCAAUCUGACUAAAGGUUCCUGGUUUUGGUGCUCUGUCUGAAGCUGCUCGCCAAAGCGUCAACACUUACGCUCUAUAAUUUCAAAAGGUUCCCUCACUUGCGUUUUCCUGUUGUCACAUCAGCCGUGCUCUGUCUCGUCUUCGGACGAAAUAAUUUCUACACAGACUCAGCAACGUCAAAAGGAUGGAGCGGUGGCUCUUCUAUUGGCUGGUCCUGUCUUGUGUGUCUCUUGACAUGACAUGUAAAAACAACGGUACACAAGGUGGACCAUGUAAACCAGGGAUUUCGGAGACCAGAUCUUGUAUGGAACAUCUAGAACUCAUUUUUAGACAUGGAAACCUCAGCAACGCUAUUGAAGCCAUUGAGACCCUGGAACAGUUUCUAGAGGAAACAGAGGUGAAUGAGACUACGUCCGUGUCUGUCAACCGUUUCGUUGCCCUCAUGCACGAACCCAAAGGCCCCUUCACAGGCCUUGACAUUUACGCUAGUGAGAAUGAGGCGAGAGUAAACCUGACUUACCACAACUGCAAAGUGAGGGUUCGACUGCCGAGAGAGUUGGAUGCUGGAUCAAACAACACCAUUGUGUUCUGCAUGUUUACCUGGCCUGAAGAAAGCGCGAAGAAAUUGCCAGCCCGAGGUGAAUUAUAUGAGAGCAGACUGUUUGGCGUGAGUGUGCGGGGCAAGACUGUGUCAGGACUACAGGAGCGUGUCAACAUCUCAAUGAAUCUUGCUGCAAAUGAGACCCGUGAGCCCAGCUGUGUUUUCUUAAAUUUUACAACAAAAAAAUACAGCAGGGUUGGUUGCCAAACGCUGUGGGAACGUGGUCAGAGUAACGUCACCUGCUCCUGUGACCACCUCACAUACUUCGGCGUGCUCAUGGUGUCUUCUGUCGUCCCACAAAAAGACCAGGUGAUUCUGUCAUACAUCUCCGAGGUUGGCUGUGGUCUUUCUCUUUUUGCCCUGGUCAUCACUGUUGUACUCUUCAUCACAAAUAGGAAAAUCAGAGCAGAUGUCUCUAUGAAGGUCCACAUCAACCUCGCCAUUGCCCUGAUCCUCCUCAACCUGCACUUCCUCCCCAUGAAGGCGGUGGCAGCGCAGUCCUCCACUGGGCUGUGCUUUUACAUGGCCCUUGGUCUCCACUACUCCCUGUUGGCCACUUUCAGCUGGAUGGCCGUGGAGGGGUUCCACCUCUACCUCCUCUUAGUCAGAGUCUUCAACAUCUAUGUUAGGAGAUACUUGCUCAAACUCAGCACGGUGGGAUGGGGUAUCCCUGCAGUCAUUGUGUCCCUGGUGGUCAUCAUCGACAAAGACAACGACCCGUAUGGACAUGUCUCUCUGGACUCGUCUAACCCCAACAGCACCAAGAUAUGCUAUAUACGCGAUACCACGGUGAAGAUGGUGACUACAGUGGGGGUGUUUGGCUUGGUGUUCCUCUUUAACAUAACCAUGUUAGGGGUGGCAAUCAGACGCGUCGUGGGUCUCCGCCAGACCAAAGAGUUUGGGCAGAGUGAACGUAACAGAGCCAAGAGAGACAUCUGUACCCUGCUGGGAGUCACCACUCUGCUUGGCAUUACCUGGGGCCUGGUCUUCUUCUCAUUUGGCCACCUGACCAUUCCUGGCCUCUACCUCUUCUGCAUCCUGAACACACUGCAAGGUUUCUUCAUCUUCCUGUGGUUUCUGAUGUGUUUGAGAAAGACUAGAAACCCAGAUGUUAAGAUUAGUAAUGUGACACAGAGCACCAACAGCUAAGUCUCAACCCAACACACCAAGACAUUUUUCUUUUGAGUGUGUGCGCGUGUGAGUGUUGGGGGUAUUUAUACAGAAAUGUUAAGUUUUCCAUUAUUAUUUCUGAUUUAGAUCAUGAUGUUUUAAUGCACAAUAAUGUAGCAGAGCAGCAAGCAUGCUAGUUAGAUCGAACUCAUGCAGGUGGUUUUGAUAUUAAAUGUAAAAUAUUUUAACAACUUAACAGUUUUAGUGCUAUUUUUAAAGUUUUGUUGUUAAUGGCAUGCUAAUAAAAACUUUGUGGUUAGGGUUUAUUCAUCCUCUAUACCUAGCAAUUCUGCUACUAUGUGAACAAGAAAAGAGCAUGCAGACUACUUACAGAAAAAGCAAGAACCUAGAUGUGAUCCACGCGCUGUUUUGGUGUGAUCGUUACACACAAAGAACAUGCAGAGUAGAAGUUGAGAGAGGAUGUCAUUCAUGUCCUGUUUGAUCCCUCACACCAAAAUUGUACUCUGCAUUCACUUGUGCCUAUAGUGCAAGUGUAACCUGUAAUUGUGUAGUUUCAUUGUCACAUAUUUGGACACCAUCCAUCACCAUCCAUCACUAUCCUUAAAGUGCAUUCCAAUGCAGCAUAGAUAGGAUGCUUGGAGUCACAUGACACAGGUCUUUACCAUCUCACCUCCUUUUAGUGAAAGAGAGAAUGGUGCAGUGAGGAGAUCCCAGAAUGACUGUGAAAGGAGAACUUUGGUAUGUUUCUGUGUCUAACUGACUAAUAAUGACAACAAUUUCUGAAUUUGGUCCAGUAUUGAGAGAGACGGCAGCUGCUUACGGGCUGUAAUAUGGCGAUAUUGGGGCAAGCUGGCACCGUCAUUUACGUCCACUAAAAGUGCUUGUUUUUGCCAUGACAGGCGCUGAUUGGUAUUAUAAGUGUUUGACAUUAUGGAAAGAGUCUCGCUCAAGGUGAAGUCUCGUUCUGAAAUCUGGCGAGGUGACGUGUUGCUGGAAGACAACGGUGGAAUAGUGGAAUAAAUCCAUGGUGGAAACGCGAGUGGCAGCCGGGCAGAGUUUGUUGUGUUGGAGUACAGAAAGCUUAGUAUUAUCUAAAAGAUUUUCAGUGUCAUGGCUGAAUAUUUAGAUGAUUUCCACAAUGUGGAUGAGGUCUUUGAAUUCAAUGGACGCCUGUAUUUAUGUGAGCCAGAGUAUUCGGAUAUUCAGAUUUCACAACCAGACUUGUCCUUGAGCAGGACUUGGAACACAAUAACAAACAGACCGGAUCAAGCAAAAUGUAAGAAAAGUGCUUUAUUUCUCUGUAGGGUCCUUUCCAUAAUGCUGUCAGACACUUAUAAUAACAACCUGAGCCCGUCAGUAGCAAAAAUAAGCACUUUUAGUGAACGUAAUGUUAUCACUUUACCUCGUAGCUUGUUUCGCGGCUGACGGUUACAGCGUUAUCCCUCCAUACUGGACCAAUUUCAAAAAUUGUUUUCCCCAUUAGUCACUUAGACACAAAACCUUGAGAAAAUAGGGUCCAGGUUUGAAAAAUACCGAAGUUACCCUUGAGAGCAAUUGCAUCAAGCAAUGGCAAUGAUACAAGUUCAAAUGCAUCCACUCCCACUGGAGUACAUUCUGUGGCCUAUGCCUAUACAGACAAUAUAUCUGUUCCAUAUUGUAUUUGGCAUGUAUAAUAAACUUUUUUCAUGUUUUCACAA